GUAAAUUUAGAGAAAAUGGCGAAUACGAGCUGUACAGGGGGAGUAGGUGGACCUGUACAACCUGUUCAGGGGAAAUCAAACUCGUUGAAGAAACCCCCAAUAGGAUCUGUGAGCUGGUCUUACACUGACAAUGAACCAGAUACAAAGUACGACCAUGCCUGGAGUAUUGCGCAUUUUUCACGAAAGAUGGAGAUGGAAAACGGCGAAGAGCUGAAGUCCGGCGUCUUUGCAAUCCGGACCAAGGACAGACACACAGACUGGUUUAUGAGAAUAAAUCCCAACGGCGAAGAAAAGUCUUGCAAAGGUUUUGUUUCCCUUUUCCUCUACAAAGAUGGAGUUUGUGAGGUUCCGAUAAACGCCGACAUAAUUUUCAACAUAAUAGACAAGGAUGGAAAUAAAACGCGAGCGAAGAGAUGUGAAUACGUUUUCGAGAAGAAUCUUCAGAGUGAUAACAGAGGGUUUGCCAAAUUUGUGUCGCACACUGAGCUGAAGCACCCUCAGCUGAACCUGCUCCCCAACGAUACCCUCACCAUCCUCUGCGAGAUCUCCAUUACGGGGGACAACAUCGUCACCAGCGGAUCUUCAAAGCCUGUAUAUAAUCAUUCUAAAGCUAAACCGGCAGAAACUGUAAACAGGCUGUCACAGGAUAUUUCAUCUAUACUUGAUACUGGACGAUUCUCUGACUGCACCGUAUCCGUGGAUAACAGGGAGUUUCAGUGCCACAAGAAUAUCCUCUCCGCCAGAUCGACUGUGUUUGAAGCAAUGUUCACUCAUGAUAUGACGGAGAACCGAAGUUCCCGAGUGUGUAUUGAGGACCUGGAUCCGGAUACAGUUUACGAUAUGAUUUCAUACAUUUACUCCGGCAGGGUUGUACAGUUAGAACAGAAGGCUGACCGCCUGCUGUCUGCUGCAGAAAAAUACGACCUCAGGGAGCUGAAAUCAUUUUGUGAAGCCGCGCUCUGCGAAAACAUCAACACUGACAAUGUUUUGGAUUUACUGGUUCUUGCUGAUCUACACGGAGCUAGCAGUGUGAGGAACUUGGCGCUAAAAUUCAUCGUUGAGAACGGGAAAGAGAUAGUCAGUCAGAUUGGUUGGAGAGAGAAGUUGAAGAUGUAUCCUGAAAUCAUGGCUGAUAUGUUCGAGGCUAUGACCAGGAUUCCACACAAGCGCCAAAGAAUAGGCUAAGCGAAUGCGAUUACGCAGAUUCAGCAACAGAUUUAACGCGGCAAACUGUGCAGUCCUUGCGCAAUGUCCACUAAAUAAACAGUUUAAGCGUUUUCAUAUGCGUCUAUACUAGAGAUGUCAACGAUAGUUCUAUACUCUAUCUAUUGUAAUGAUACAUUGCUCCAAAAUUAUUUUGCUGGUUGUCCCAAUUACAAUUAAGUGAUAAUUGAGAAUUUAUGAUAAGAUUUUCUAGAAAUUAGAUUUUUUUUCAAUCGUCACUCAAUUACAAUGUUUAUAAUGACACCAGUUACUAAAAUCUGUCUAUAUAUUCAAUUUUAUUUUAUAAUUCUGAAUAUUAAAUCUNGUAGUUUUUAGGGGCCAAGUUGUGAGUUACAUAAUUUCAACUGGAUAGUGAAUAUACUUUCCAAUCUUCUUAUUAAAAACUUAUUAAAAACUUUCAAACAUCUAAAAACUUCUUGUUUUUAUCAAUGCUGAAAUUCGUUUUUAUACAAAAAAGUUUAGAGAUGAAAAAAAUUUUAAAGUUGCACAGAUGAUUGAUUGUACGAUAUAUAUUCCUGUAUUGUCAUCAAGUAUUAAUACUAAAUUUAAAGUAAAAUAUUGUGAUCAAUAAUUCGAAUAUUAACAUAAUAUAUUGUUGUGAAAA